CCAUCCCUCGAAAUCCUCUCUGCCUCUCUGCGCCACGCGCUCGGGUUAUCUCUCUCUCGCUGGGCUCCUCGGGGGCGAUCGAAGAUUUGAAUCAUAAGAAGGAUGUCUCUAACAAGUGCGACUGUGCCUGCUCUCACCACCUCAACGAAGAGCCUUCAAGGGACACCAGGUCGAAGGGUCCAGCUUCCAUACUCUGAUCUCUCAUUGCCCUGCACUAAAUAUCAGCCAUUUCAACAUGCGCAAACUAAAUUGGGAGCUCGGCGACUACGUUCUGGCGCACUGAUAUGUGCUGCAGCCUUGAGCGCAAGAUGUGCAGCGGAGCAAACCCAGACAGUCACACGCCAAUCAUCUACGAUAACAAUUGCUCCCAUCCAAGGGAAGGAGAAAUCACCAGAGCUUGAUGAUGGAGGGACAGGAUUUCCCCCACGGGAUGAUGAUGAUGGUGGUGGCGGAGGUGGUGGAGGAGGGGGGCACUGGUCAGGUGGUUUCUUCUUCUUUGGCUUGCUUGCCUUUUUAGGUCUUAUGAAGGAUCAAGAAAGCGAGGGGCCCUAUCAGAAUAACAAACGAAGAUAUUGAUUCUCUCCCAGUUUGGUCUAUUGAUGUAAUCCAACACGUUGAGGAUGAAGAUUGUCACGGUGAAAGAUUCAUCAUCACUCGAGCUGUUAAUGUUGAGCGCAACCAUUAAACCAACUAUAUAUGAAUGAACAAGAAUAGGUUGAAUUUCUAAUCCAA